GCGAAAGACCAAGGUAGCGAUUACCGCGAAAUUGGUGUUCAUUAUAUUUUACCACCGGUUUGAUGUCGAAGCCUAAAGUAGGCAUCAACGGAUUUGGUCGCGUUGGGCGAAUGGUCCUUAGGGCAGCGAUUGCAAAGGGUUUAAUUGACGUCGUUGCCAUAAAUGAUCCAUUUAUAGACCUUAACUACAUGGUGUAUAUGUUUAAAUACGACUCUACUCACGGGACGUUUUCGGGUGAAAUCACUGUCCACGAGAAAAAGCUAUGUGUUAAUGGAAUGCUUAUUUCGGUGUACAACGAAAGAAGCCCUGAAACGAUUCCAUGGGACAAAGAUUUAGCUGAAUAUGUAGUUGAGUCAACAGGUGUAUUUACAAAUGUUGAGAAGGCACAGGCUCACUUGAAAAACAACAGAGCGAAAAAAGUCAUUAUAACUUCACCAUCACCAGACGCUCCGAUGUUUGUCCUUGGCGUCAACCAUGAAAACUAUGACAGGUGCAUGAAUGUUGUAUCAAGCGCUUCGUGUGUAACAAAUUGUCUUGCUCCACUUGCCAAAGUAAUCCAUGAACAUUUUGGAAUUGAAGAGGGGCUGAUGACUACUGUACAUUCCUACACCGCAAUACAAAAGGUAGUCGACGGUCCGUCUUCUAAAAUGUGGCGCGAUGGGCGGGGAGCUGGACAGAAUAUUAUUCCUGCGUCGACCGGUUCGGCAAAAGCUGUUGGAAAAAUUAUUCCGUCAUUAAAUGGAAAGAUAACUGGUAUGAUUUUCCGUGUUCCAACACCCGACGUUUCUGUCGUUGAUUUCACAUGCAAACUGUCCAAGCCAGCUACCUACGAUAAAAUUAAAGCUGCAGUGAAAGCUGCUUCCGAGGGUCCUUUGAAAGGCAUACUUGAAUAUACAGAAGAUCAAGUGGUCAGUAUGGAUUUUAAAGGCUGCUCUGCUUCUUCAGUAUUUGACGCAGAAGCCGGAUUGCAACUCAGUGAUACAUUUGUGAAACUCAUAGCAUGGUAAGAAUAUAACCUGUGUAUCCAUGUUUUGUAGGUAUGACAACGAAUAUGGAUACAGCUGUCGGAUAGUCGAUCUCAUUGCUUAUAUGUACUCAGUCGAGCAUUGAACCAACUCCCAUUGUACCUCAGUCGGAAUACCUGAUAGCUUCAACUGAAUGCUGGUGGCUUGUCAGCCAGAGCAAAUCCUUGAACAGAAGCAUUUAGAUGCUAGAACCCAUUGCACUGCUGCACCAUUCUGAGCAGUAAUGGUGAUUGUCCUGAGAUAAACAUUCUCAGGCAGAUGUGUUAAUGAAAUAUAUAAAUAUAUGUGCCAACGUAUCUGAGCCAUC